AUGCUAUUCCGCGCACCUGCUCUUCUUCUCACUACCAGUUCCCUUAUCGCGGGAGGUUAUGGCUCGCGCCUGCAGCCUUCUCUGGUCGAAAAACGUCAAACAUGCCCAACAUGUCCGCUUGGUGGCAAUCCUAUCGCGAAACUCGUGAAGUUUUUUAUCACUGGAGGAGAUCAGCAAAGCACCGUUGAUUGCAGGUAUACAAGUACAUCCAAGGACUGCUAUACAUUAACUAAUGGCCUAUUGUCUCAUAGAAUGGAAUCUGUAUUUGGUCUUCCGUCUGACCUCGGAGGAGAAGGAUCUGGACAAUUUGAAGCCGCAGUCCGUGUCAAUUUUGACGAAGACCAGCUUGCCUGCUCUGUGGAAGGCGUUUCCCUCCCGAUCGGCAAUGAAGUUGAAGACACUAUAUGCGUUGCUGGAGGGUGCUCCGUCUCGGAAGUCACAGAUCAGAGUGCCCUCGUCACUUGGGGGGCGUGUAUUGUCCGGCCUGAUACCCCUGUUGCCGAGAACCAAGCUCUUACGGAUGCCGAGUGUAUCCCUGCCCAGGGUGCAAUACGGUUUGCGAGAUUCCAUGAUACCGGAGACUGCAGCGGUACUGAAACCGUGACGGAAUUAACUGUUGGUGGACGCAGCACCACUGAGUUUUCCCCUAACGAUGGUGGCGGUAUCUUCCAUGGUGGCGUCGUCACCAGAUGUAGCACUGUCGGCGCUGCUUAA